GGAGGUCCUCCUCUACUCCACACUUUUCCUGUCUUGCACCAACCUCCUGUGUUCCUCCAGAGUUCCAGCGUUACUCCUGUGUUCAUCCAGCGACCACUCCUCCAAGUUCUCCUCUCCUGCUGCAUUUUUCCCAGAGGUGGCGGUAUAUGCACCCAAAGAUGGUUUGCCAACCGCCAUAAGAAAAAAGUCGAAGAAGAAGAACCCGAAGCGGAGGAUCCGUCGGUGUGCGCAUGCGCGAGUAAAUAAUGGGAGCCGGCGUGAGAGUUGAAUAAAUUCAUGUUCAGUGAAACUCCUCUGACAACGAUCUCACAUUCAUCGAUUCAACAAUAAAUGCAGGAAUAUCUCCAUCCCUUCUCAAGUGAAGAGGAGCAUCAAAUCAUCCAAGAAGAGAUGAAAUCUGUAAAGACUGAGUUUAUUAAAGAGGAAAGAGAGGAGAUGGGAGAUCCAGAACCCUGCAGAAUCAAACAUACUGAAGAUACUGAAGAACAAACAGAGUUGAUUGAAGAUAAUGUGGUGAAAGAAGAACUGAGUGAAUCUGAGAAGAAAAAUUAUGUAAGAAGUGGAGAGAAACCUGAACAGAAUGCUUUAAAGAAAAAAAGAACCAAUAAAUCUUUCACCUGCACUCAGUGUGGAAAGAGUUUCUCACGACCAUCAAACCUUAAGGAUCACAUGAACAUCCACACUGAAGAGAAACCAUACACAUGUGAUCAAUGCGGGAAGAGUUUCACAGUAAAAAGAUACCUUGCAUCACAUGUGAGAAAUCACACUGAAGGGAAACCAUACACAUGUGAUCAAUGCGGGAAAACAUUUUUGUUUGCUUCAGAACUGAAGAGACACCUGAGAGUUCAUACAAAGGAGAAACCACAUUCAUGUCAUUUGUGUGGAAAGAGUUUUUCAUUAAUACAAAGUUUAAAAGCACAUCAGAAAAUACAUACUGGUGUGAGAGAGUACAUGUGCUUUGAGUGUGAAAAGACUUUUAAUUCAGCGACCAGUUUAAAACAGCAUGAGAGGAUUCACACUGGAGAGAAACCUUACAAGUGUUCACACUGUGACAAGAGAUUCAGUCAGUCAGGAGACCUGAAAAAACACGAGAUGAUUCACACUGGAGAGAAACCGCACACAUGUGAUCAGUGCGGGAAGAGUUUCACACUAAAAGGAACCCUUACAUCACACAUGAGAAUUCAUACUGGAGAGAAACCUUACAAGUGUUCACACUGUGACAAGAGAUUCAGAGAUUUAGGAAACCUGAAAACACAUGAGAGGAUUCACACUGAAAAGAAACCUUAUAAGUGUUCACACUGUGACAAGAGAUUCAGUCGGUCAGGAGAACUGAAACUACAGGAGAUGAUUCACACUGGAGAGAAACCGCACACAUGUGAUCAGUGCGGGAAGAGUUUCAUACUAAAAGGAAGCCUUACAUCUCACAUGAGAGUUCAUACUGGAGAGAAACCAUUCACUUGUGAUCAGUGCGGGAAGAGUUUCUCACAAUCAGCAAGUCUAAAGGUACACAUGAACAUCCACACUGGAGAGAAACUGCACACAUGUGAUCAGUGCGGGAAAACAUUUUUGUGGGCUUCAAACCUGACAAAACACCUGAAACUUCAUGCAAAGGAGAAACCACAUUCAUGUCAUUUGUGUGGAAAUAGGUUUUCACAUCUAAAAAAUUUGAAAGAACAUGAGAAAAUACAUGCUGGUGUGAGAGAGUACAUGUGCUUUGAACGUGAAAAGACCUUUACUUCAGCAAAGUAUUUAAAACAGCAUGAGAGGAUUCACACUGAAAAGAAACCUUACCAGUGUUCACACUGUGACAAGAGAUUCAGUAAGACAGGAAACCUGAAAACACAUGAGAUGAUCCACACUGGAGAGAAACCUUACCAGUGUUCACACUGUGACAAGACAUUCAGAGAUUUAGGAAACCUGAAAACACAUGAGAGGAUCCACACUGGAGAGAAACCUUACCAGUGUUCACACUGUGACCAGAGAUUCAGUAAGACAGGAGACCUGAAAAGACAUGAGAGGAUUCACACUGGAGAGAAACCUUUUAAGUGUUCACACUGUGACGAGAGAUUCAUUCAGUCAGGAAACCUGAAAACACAUGAGAUGAUCCACACUGGAGAGAAACCUUACAAGUGUUCACACUGUGACAAGAGAUUCAGUCAGACAGGACACCUGAAAAGACAUGAGAGGAUCCACACUGGAGAGAAACCUUACACUUGUGAUCAGUGCGGGAAGAGUUUCACACUAAAAGCAAACCUUACAGCACACAUGAGAGUUCAUACUGGAGAGAAACCAUUCACUUGUGAUCAGUGCGGAAAGAGUUUCACACAAUCAGCAAACCUUAAGUCACAUAUGAACAUCCACACUAGAGAGAAACUGUACACAUGUGAUCAGUGCGGGAAAACAUUUUUGAGGGAUUCAGAACUGAAGAAACACUUGAAAGUUCAUACAAAGGAGAAACCACAUUCAUGUCAUUUGUGUGGAAAGAGUUUUUCAUUUCUACAAAGUUUCAAAUUACAUCAGAAAAUACAUACUGGUGUGAGAGAGUACAUGUGCUUUGAGUGUGAAAAGACUUUUACUACAGCAAGCCACUUAAAACAGCAUGAGAGGAUUCACACUGGAGAGAAACCUUACAAGUGUUCACACUGUGACAAGAGAUUCAGUCAGACAGGAGACCUGAAAAGACAUGAGAGGAUUCACACUGGAGAGAAACCUUACAAGUGUUCACACUGUGGGAAGAGAUUCAGAGAUUUAGGAAACCUGAAAGCACAUGAGAGGAUCCACACUGGAGAGAAACCGUGUCACUGCACUGCAUGUGAAAACUAUCACAAUUUGAUUAAAGACAAUGAGGAAAAAGAAGAAUUGAGUGAAUCUGAGAAUAAAAAUCAUGUCAGAAGCGGAUAAAAACCCAAACAGAAAGAUUUAAAGAAAAAAAGAACCAAUAAAUCUUUCACCUGCACUCAAUGUGGAAAGAGUUUCUCACGCUCAUCAAACCUUAAGGAUCACAUGAACAUCCACACUGAAGAGAAACCAUAUACAUGUGAUCAAUGCGGGAAGAAUUUCACAAUUAAAAGAUACCUUACAUCACAUAUGAGAAUUCACACUGGAGAGAAGCCAUUCACUUACGGAGCUAUAAUUAUGACAAAAUGAUUUGAAAUUGAAUUGUGUAAACUUGAAUUAUUUGCAAGUGUAAUCUAACAAAAUUGAAUUUUAAGUGAUAGUUUAAAUAGUUCUGAAUUUGUUUUUUUUUUUUUAACGAAUAUUGAAGAUUUGAAAUUUAACAAACUGAAAUGUUUUAUGGCUGAAUUUUAUAGACAUGUAUUUUCAAACAGCUAUUUUUUUUGUUCUGAUUUCUUAUACUGCAAAUAUUAAUAUAAAACAAAUUCAGAUUCAAAUUUUCAAGCUUAGGAAAUUCGGAACUUCAAAUUCAGUUUUCUAAAAUUCAGUGUAAAAAAUUAAAACUCAGAAAUUCAGAUCUUACAGAAAGUAGGUCACAGGUCAUCCACAGGGAAGAGUAGAUGAUCUCAGAAAAGUCGAACAGAGCAUUUUGGCCAUUAGUUCCCUUAUUGUGUGCGUUUCCUUGAAACAACGUGCAAAUGAAUGGAACUGAAAAUAUCAGUGCACACUCGUCAAAUCUCUAUUUGAUUUAAUGGAUUAUUUUGAACAGGUGACAAGGUGUCAAUGUAAAGCGUUAAUUAGCAUUAACUGCAACAGUGCCAAAACAAUGGAUAGUUUGUGUAAUAUGAUAAAUCGUCUUUCAUGUUUUGCUUGAUUGAUUACAGGCACACAGAAAAACAAUCAAUAAGCUAAUUUAACCUUUCUUAACUAAUAUAGUUUUUACUGUUUGGUGUAUUUCGCAUUUUAUAUAUUUCAUUUCUGAGGCUUUUUUAAAAAUAGUUUGCUUUGAUUAGACUAAAUAGUUGUCAUUGGAGAGAAACUAGUACAAUUUGUAUACAAUGCUUGAAACAAACCACUACAAAUGUAUCUGUGUCUUAAUAAAAUCGAUGUGAGCAUCCUG